AUGAGAAGAUUCUUUGGUGGUUCAAAGAAUGUACCAGCUCCAACUUUGGAUGAAGCUAAUAAGCGUUUGGACAAUAAUAUAGGUGGACUUGAUGAGAAGAUUAGAAAGUUAGAUCAAGAAUUGUCAGUGUAUAGACAACAAUUGAAGAAUACUAGACCUGGUCCAGCACAGAAUGGUAUCAAAGCAAAGGCAAUGAGAGUAUUGAAACAAAAGAAGAUGUAUGAGGCACAACGUAAUCAACUUAGCCAACAAUCAUUCAAUAUGGAACAGACAAAGUUUGCAACUCAAUCAAUGCAGGAUACGAUUAUAACUGUUGGCGCAAUGAAGCAAGGUGCCAAAGAGAUGAAGAAACAAUUCAAACAGAUAGACAUUGAAGAUGUAGACAGUUUACAAGAUGAAAUGCAAGACCUACUUGACUUUAACAAUGAGAUACAGGAAUCAAUGAGUAGAGCAUACUCUACACCAGAUUCAUUAGACGAGACAGAGUUGGAAGCUGAGUUGAUGUCGAUGGAGGAUGACUUGGAACUUGAGGAAACACCUUCAUACUUGAUGGCACCAUCUGCACCAACGUCAGAGCCACAAGCAGUAGAUGAGUUUGGACUACCUGAGCCUGCUCAUCAACACCUUGUAAACUAA